CGGGACUCCAAGGCCCACCUGUGGAGUGGGUCUGAGAUUCCCAGGCUGUGCUCUCGGUCAAGUUGUCUAUUGUUAUCAAAUGUGGGCUGGGCGGCGGCAUCUGUGACUUCAUCCCGUGGUGGCUGGAGCCUGGGAUAAAAGUCACGGUUGUCCCAAAGGUACAGCCAGACUCCGCCCCGGGGAGCUGUUGUACUUGCAUUGCUGGGUUGCUGAUAGACUGAUUGACUGGUGGCGUGUACUUUUGUCACAAGAAUCAUAACCGCAAUGACAGCCACACAGCGUGGACCUAGAGUGUUGCUCAACUCUGGACAAGACAUGGUUGUAGGCAGACAUGCUUCCUGCUUGCUGGGCUUAGAGCACGGAUGCUAAGGACAGACACGAAGGGCUUGGGAAAGGCAUGAAGAUGCAUGGAGUCCAGAAGAGAGAAUAAGAAAAGCAAGCAUUUUGUUUUGGGUGGGAUUGCUUUGUCGUUUUAAGAGACAUUUCGUGAUCCACGGUUGCGCUCCGGUGAAGAGCGAGUCUAGAGGAGGAAUCGGAAGGUGGGUGAGAGUUGAGGGGAUUUGAAUUCCGUAAUUACGACUCGAAUUUCUGCCAUCAGCUCGCGGCUGUGUUGCCUGCCCUUGCCACAAAAAAGCCAUGCAGCGCCAAGCCAAGUCGGAUGGAAGUGGGUUAGGGUAUUAUAUAAGCCCUUGCGGGAGGGAAGAUGGUCUUUUAUGUGUGUUUCUUUUGCAGCGGCGGCGGCGAGCUCGACUCAGGUUGAUUUAGAAUACGGGUGACAGUGGCCUGGCGCGAGCCCAUUGCUGACGAAAGCGGCUUAUCCCGCGCGGUUUCCAUGGAGACGAGCUGGAGCCGCGGCGGCGGCGGGGCUGUCAGCGAGCGCGGCGGAGCUGGCGCGUCCGUGGGGGUCUGCAGGAGGAAGGCGGAGGCCGGGGCCGGGACCCUCGCGGCAGACAUGGACUUGCAUUGUGACUGUGCAGCCGAAACGCCGGCAGCCGAGCCGCCGUCGGGGAAGAUUAAUAAAGCUGCCUUCAAAUUAUUCAAGAAGAGGAAAUCGGGUGGCACCAUGCCCAGCAUUUUUGGGGUCAAAAACAAAGGGGACGGGAAAGGCUCGGGUCCGACCGGGCUGGUGAGGAGCAGGACCCACGACGGGCUCGCCGAGGUGCUGGUGCUGGAGAGCGGCAGGAAGGAGGAGCCGCGCGGCGGGGGCGACAGCGGCGGGGGCGGCGGGGGGCGGCCGAACCCGGGGCCCCCAAGAGCCGCGGGCCCCGGCGGGGGAUCCCUCGCCAGCAGCUCGGUGGCCAAGUCGCACAGCUUCUUCUCGCUGCUGAAGAAGAAUGGGCGCUCGGAAAACGGCAAGGGAGAGCCCGCGGACGCUAGCAAGGCCGGCGGCAAACAAAAGCGGGGGCUGCGGGGGCUGUUCAGCGGCAUGCGCUGGCACAGGAAGGACAAGCGGGCCAAGGCGGAGGCCGCGGAGGGGCGCGCGCCCGGGGGCGGCCUGAUCCUGCCCGGCUCGCUCACCGCCAGCCUGGAGUGCGUCAAGGAGGAGACGCCCAGAGCCGCGCGCGAGCCGGAGGAGCCCAGCCAGGACACCCCGCGAGACCCAGCAGGUGAGCCCGCAGGGGGAGAGGAGGUGCCCGCCCCCGCCGACCGCGCCCCAGCGCGGAGCUGCGGAGAGGCCGAGGGCCCCUCGCGCCCCAGCGACACCGGCGCCCGGGGAGAGGACGCCGCGGGGCAUCGGCGCGCCGAGAAGCCCCGGGCACCCCCCGAGCCGGGGCCCGGGGAGGUCCGCACGGCCGAGGACGCUUCCAGGACGGGGGCCGUUCCCGUAAAGACGGUCCCCCUUGUCGACUCCGAAGGCGGCAGCGGCCGGGCGUCCGCCGCCCCAGACCCUGCCUCGGUCGAUCCACCCUCAGACCCGUCGGCAGAUCGUAUUUGUUUGAUGUUUUCUGACGUGACUUCACUGAAAAGCUUUGACUCUCUUACAGGCUGUGGAGAUAUUAUUGCAGACCAAGAGGAAGAGGCAGGUCCCAGCUGUGACAAGCAUGUCCCCGGGCCAGGCAAGCCGGCUCUCUCUAAAAAGAACCCCGGCGUGGUGGCCUACCAAGGAGGCGGGGAGGAGAUGGCCAGCCCGGACGAGGUGGACGACACCUAUCUGCAGGAGUUCUGGGACAUGCUGUCACAGACCGAGGAGCAGGGACCCGGGCCCCAGGAGGGCGCGGCCAACGCGGCAGCUGCACUGGAAACCAAGGUGGUGCCUGAGACCCCCAAAGACACCAGGUGUGUGGAAACGGCCAAGGACGCGUCCUCGGUCAAGCGCAGGAGGCUCAACCGUAUUCCCAUUGAGCCCCAUCCGAAGGAGAAGCCCAAGCACCCGGAGAAGGAACAGCAGGAGGGCGUCCCCAACAGCGACGAGGGCUACUGGGACUCCACCACGCCAGGCCCAGAGGAAGACAGCUCGAGCAGCGGGAAGAAGGCGGCCAUCCCCCGGGAUAGCUACAGCGGGGACGCGCUCUACGAUCUCUAUGCUGACCCCGACGGAAGCCCAGCAACCCUUCCUGGAGGGAAGGACAGCGAGGAGACGUCCUGCUUGUCCCGGUUAAAGCCCGUGUCUCCAGGCACCAUCACCUGUCCACUGCGAACACCAGGCAGCUUGCUAAAGGACUCUAAGAUCCCUAUUAGCAUCAAGCACCUGGCCAACCUUCCAUCUAGCCAUCCCGUGGUGCACCAGCAACCCUCCAGGAGUGAGAUGCCCAGAACAAAAAUCCCGGUUUCUAAAGUGCUGGUCCGCAGAGUCAGCAACCGGGGCUUGGCUGGGACCACCAUCAGGGCAGCGGCCUGCCACGACAGUGCCAAAAAGUUGUGAGGUCUUCCAGGCCACGGUGGACGGGCCACAUGUCAAGGAAUACAAUUUUGCCCUGGAAACCACUCAAGUAAGUUUUGCUUUUCCUAAAGAAAGUCUUUUAGAAACCCCCUGCUCCAGAGUGUGGACCGAGGAGGUCUUUGUACCCUGAGCAGGGUCCGGAUAACACCAGAAAGAGGGAUGCUACACUUGGGAUUCUCCUCUCAAGAUAACUCCGUGAGAAUUAUUUUCAAGCACUUUUUUCUUUUUUACCUUUAGGUUUUUCUUCUUUUUUCUUUAAUGCACUGAACACUUGGAAGUCACCUUUACUUGCCUUUGCAGAAAACAGGACUUAGCCAAACCUAAGUAAGAGUCAUGCCUGGAUGUUGGCAUGAGCCAGUGUCCAGAAGCCUGGAGGAACCACUGAAGAACCAGAGGAGAUCUCCUCUUCCAAGACAUGUUUCCUUCUUUCCCUUCUUUUCUCUUUCCUUUCCAGGAAAAAAAAAAGACCCUUUGCUAUAUCACUGUGUGGAAAACACCUCCAAAGCUGAAACAGCCAGGUAUUUACCUGAUGAGCAGAGGGCACCACUGAUUGGCAGAAAACUUCCUUACCUUCAGUUGCUAGGUAUGCAAAUUGAUAAGUAUCUAACACUAGGAAAAUAAAGGCGAGUUUUGGUUU